UUUCCCGCCAGAUGUUUGGGCAUAAAGGGAGCCUAAACGGGAAGUGUGCUGCUGUUGAGGCGCUUGAUUCUCCGCGCCAGUCCCUCUCGCCCCCUUUCCCCCUCCUAUUCGAGUGAAGAAGCUGCGCUGAGAGCCACUUUUCUGCUUAUGGCUCAGCAGUUUCAGGUGCUGAGGUGCUGCUUCUGUAACGUCUUCCAAGUCCAGCAGAUUAAAAAGAGCCAAAAAUGGAAUUGCAAAGUAUGUGAUGAAAAGCAGUCAAUUCUAAAAACUUUUGGUCAGGGUUCUGGAUCUGAUUGCAGGCGCCAUGUACAAAAACUCAAUUUGCUACAAGGACAGGUAGAGCAGGGACCUACGGAAACGCUUAGAUCUAUAGAAGAACCAAUAAAGAGAGAUGGCGAGAACACAAGAGUUAAACUGGAAGAGAAUUUGGGCAAGCAGGAGGAAAAGGUAAAGUUGGUCAGCCGCUGGACUAAAUAUCUUGAUGGAAGAUGUGAAGAGCAAGCGAAGGAAGAUGAGGAGGAGAUAAUGGUGCAUACAGAAAAACAGAGCUACUCUUCCAAGAACACACUAAGGAAGUGUCAGAAGACCAGCUUACACAUCAGUGAUUCCCAGGGGUCUAGAAAAAGGAGAGCUCCUGGAUUAGCAAAGGAGGUCCUACGUUUUGAGAACAGAAAAGAUUCAUCCACCGUUGCUAAAAAAACCUGUGGAGAUGAUACAUCUGGAAAUGUGAUUCCUGCUGUCGAAGAGCAUCUGGUGUGCCGGAAGAAUAAAGAUUCAGAGUCGAGAGCUGCUGGACUUUCAAAGUGGGAGAAAUUCCUUUUAUCUGGUGAGAGUUGUAAUAGUGGCUAUGAAACUGCCAUGAUGCAAGAAAGGCAGGGAACGCUAGUCCAAACGUUUGCUGCAGGGACAAGUGCCGAAAGGCCAGCAACCUUUAGCCCCUGUAAUUGGCAUCAUGCAUCCAUUCCAUUAGCUGGAGUGCAACAGUUCUCCAACAUUGAACAUGUUCCCAUAGCUGACAUACCUGUAGGAAGAGGGAAACACUUUCCUCGUUUGACUAAUGUUCAUCAAGAAAAACUGCUUAAUAGACUUCCUGAAGAGCAAUCUGCUCCUUUUGUAAAUACUAUUGGUGUCCCAAAUUCAAAGAAUCUGCAUAGAAACCUCUUUUCUACAGGAGAUGACUUUGAUGAUGAUAUUUAAAUGCUUUUUUUCCUUCCCAACACUUUAUCAUUAUUAGUCUAUGUGAGAUGACUUAGAAGAAUAAAUUGUAGCCUGACCUAAGUCUCAGAGCUAUAUUGUAUAAUAAAGGAGAUUGUACUCAAAUACUGUCA